AUGAAUGAACCACUUCUCAGCUGUGUCUGUUCUACACUCACUGUAACUAUAGAGGUGAAUAGCAGUGUGAAUGAGUUCAUUCUGCUUGGACUGACACAGGAUGUACUAAAAGAGAAAGUAGUAUUUGUGAUCUUCUUGUUCCUAUACCUGGCAACUCUUUUGGCAAACUUUCUAAUAGUGAUGACCAUAAGGUAUAGCCAGACACUUGAGAGCCCCAUGUACUUCUUCCUUUUCUACUUAUCUUUUGCUAAUGCCUGUUUUUCAACAACCACUGCUCUUAGGUUAACUGUAGAUUCUGUAUCUGAGAAGAAAGUCAUCUCCUACAAUGAGUGCAUGACCCAGGUCUUUGCAGUUCACUUCUUUGGGUGCGUGGAGACCUUGGUGCUUGUCCUAAUGUCCUUUGAUCACUAUGUGGCCAUUUGUAAGCCUCUGCAAUACACAACCAUCAUGAGCCAGUGUGUCUGUGGUGCAUUGGUGAAGCUGACCUGGGUGGGGUCUUGUAUCCACUCUUCAGCACAGAUUCCCUUGGCUUUGAGGUUACGCUUCUGUGGCUCCAAUGUUAUUGACCACUAUUUCUGUGACAUGCAACCUUUGUUGACACUUGCCUGCAUGGAUACAUAUGUCAUGAAUCUAUUCAUAGUGUUUAACAGUGGGGCCAUAUACAUGGUGAGUUUCAUAUUGCUGCUAAUCUCCUAUGUUUUCACCUUACAUUCUCUGAGUAACCAUAGUGCAGAAGGAAGAAGGAAGGCCCUCUCUACUUGUACCUCCCACAUUAGCGUUAUCACCUUAUUCUUCAUACCUUGUAUAUUCACAUAUACUCGCCCUCUAACUGUAUUUCCAGUGGACAAGAUGGUUGCUGUGUUUUACACUAUUGGGACACCUUUGCUCAACCCUCUGAUUUACACCCUGAGGAAUGCAGAAGUCAAACAUGCCAUGAGAAAGUUAUGGUGCAACAAACUCUGA